UUAUUUGACUGAUUCCUCCUCGUCUCUGUCCUGCAGCUGGUGCUGAGAUGAUUCCUCACGUCCUCACGCGUCUGCUGUGUCUCGUGUGUCUGUGCUCCGCUCGUCCUCAACCAGCACCACUGCACUCGGUGAAGAUGAAGGAGAACUCUCCUGCAGUCGGUUCUCUGGCCGGCCGGGUGGUGCUGCCGUGUCACUUCUCCAUGACGGACGUUUCUCCUACACACAGUCCAUCAGUCACGACACCCAGCCCUGCAGCAGCCACACCUCUCCUCGGUCCUGAGCACCAGCUGAGGAUCAAGUGGACCAAGCUGGAGGGAGAGGGGGAGAAGGUGGUGCUGGUGGCCCAGGCAGGAGUGGUCAAGGUGGGUACGGACUACAGGAGCAGGGUGUCCGUGCCCAGCCACCCACUGUCUGUGGGGGACGCUUCUCUGAUGAUAGUGAGCGUCAGGGCCAGUGAUGCAGGACUGUACCGCUGUGAGGUGAUGCACGGGAUGGAGGACACUCAGGACACGGUUCGUCUCAAUGUCACGGGUGUCGUGUUCCACUACAGAACGAGCAGCAGCCGCUACAGCCUGGAUUUCUCUGCCGCCGUGGACGCGUGUCGUCAGGCAGGCGCCACCGUUGCCUCACCAGAACAACUGACUGCUGCUUUUAAGGACGGCUUUGACCAGUGUGACGCUGGCUGGCUGUCUGACAUGACUGUCAGAUAUCCGAUCACCAUGUACCGCCAUGGCUGUGCAGGUAAUCUGGGGAACAAGCCAGGUGUGAGGACAUACGGCGUCCGGCCCCCCACAGAGAAAUACGACGUGUACUGCUUUGUAGACAAACUUAAUGGCGAGGUCUUCUACCCUCCAUCCAUCAGCGAUAAGCUCACCCUCCAGGAGGCGAGGGAAGAAUGUGAGAAGCAUGAUUCUGUGUUGGCGUCGCCAGGUCAGCUGUUUGCAGCUUGGAGGGCGGGGCUGAACCGGUGCGACUACGGUUGGCUGUCGGACGGCAGCGUCCGCUACCCCGUCACUUUCCCCAGGCCUCAGUGUGGGGGGGGACUGCUUGGUGUUCGUACACUGUACAAGUAUGAAAACCUGACGGGUUUCCCCGAGCCCGCGGAAAAGCACGGAGCGUUCUGCUUCAAAGCCUCGCUACCAGAGCCGACGACCGUGACUCCAGUGACAACUCCGUCUGUGGAGGAACCUGAAGACCCCACACACGAUCCCUACACUACAGCAUCGCCACCAACGGAACCGGAGAGAGCUGAAAUCCAAACACGAGGAGCCAAGACGUCUGCGCACUCACCGACAGACGGGCCACACGCAGCCUCAGCACAACAACACACAACCCCAGCACAACAACACACACAACACACAACCCCCCACUCCUCCCCCCACACCACUGCCUCCAUCACCCCUGCCACCGUCUUCAAUGACUAUGAUGAUAUUCAAAGAUUUGACUCCAACCAGGUACAGGCAUUACCAGGAGGUGACUUUUUGGACCCCAUGCCGCUCCCCCCAUUACCUACCACCUCCUCCCAGACCCCACACCUUGACAUCUCUGACGGAGGAGAGGAGGGAGGGCAGACAGAGUCAGACCGGGGGGAGAGUGGUGACAGCGGCCAGGAAAUCAGUGGUGACGACAGCUCUGGUGGGGCAGAGGUCAGGGCGGUGGUGACCCCCACAGAGUUCAGGACAGAAACUGUAUCAAGGCCAAGCUGGCUUCAGGAAACGACCAUGGGGCCGGCGGUGGCUGUGGAAACCACACAGAAGCCGUCACAGCGUGCAGAUGCAGAGGUCACCACCUCAGUGCCAGGGCUCCCGGCGGGUAGUGGAGACGCUGGACCUCAACAUCCUGCUGUGGUUUUUAAAGAGGACGCCACGCUUGGAGCUAUGCACACGCUUGACCUUCACCUAUCACCGGCCAUCCCUGAAGGAGAUGAUGAGUCCACGGCCAAACCGCCCUUCCAUCUCAUCAUCGUUAAUGUGCAGAGCAAGAAUCAGUCAGUCGAUCAUAUCCUGGAAAUUUUGAACCAGCCCGCGAACAGAAUGGGUGGCGCCCAGUUGCCGUUUCCUCAGAUCACGGACUUUUCACAAAUAACCAGUGAGGCUGUCCAGUUCAGUGGAGACACAGACGUUCUUGAGCCUGUGCCCAUCAACCUGCCUCCAACUGUCAGCUUUGUCAAUGGAAAACAUGAGGUGACCUUUGAGCCAGAGCAGCCAGAAGAAGCUAGAGGGGAUCAGUUUGAGACGGCUACUCCUGUUCGGGUAGGAGAUGAGGACAUGGAGGAGAACAAGGUGAAGGAGGAGGUGGAAAGUGUCACUCCUUUUGACUACAAAUUCAUAGAAGUCCAAACAGAGGGGCCACAGACAGAGGAAACCAGCGUUACAGUCACUGACCUUGGAGAUACAUACCCAGAUGUGGUUACAGGGUCAGUCGUGGAUGCCUACACAGUCCCGUAUGUCUUUACUGACUUCGAGAGUGUCAGAACUCAAGAACCAGUUGAAGAGACCACCACCUCAAGCCCAAAUGCACACCUCGUCUCAUCCUCAGUAUCUACAACACCAUCAGGACCAGCCCUCCACAGUGUCUCCCAACCUGUUACUGACAACGUCUCCAUCUGUGAGGACACAGGAGGUUCUGCAAACUGUGGUACUGCAGGUGGUACACAAGAGGGCUCUGCAAAUGAUGCUUUGCCCACACCUGCUGGAGACGGGCACUUGGGUAUGAUGACUGAUGAGGCAGAAGUUGGUGGGACUGAGGUUCCUACUUCUGUCCCAGACACACGGUCACAAGAAACCACCAUUAAAACCCAGACUGAAGACUUAGAAGGAUCUGCCUCUGGAGAAGACGAAGCUUCAGGACAAGAUGAACCAGAAAGAUUGGAGCUUACCAGCACAUUACCACCUAAUUAUUAUCCCCUUCACACCCAGCAGCCUCAAGCAGCAACAGGUACUGAAGUCACAGAAGUCCCUAUGGAUUUACCAGCUGUUGACACGAUUACGGAAACAGGCUCAGGUGAGGAGCCUCUGUUCGGAGAGGGGGAGGCUUCUGGGGAACAAGAUGAUCUGGUUGACCUUCCUGGAGAGGUUGCUAUUACUGUUUUACCAGCUGUGGCAUCUGUUUUAGAGCAAACCACUCUACCUGCACACAUGAAGGACACAACCAGAGAAGAUAGCUCAUCAAACUUCUCCACACAUCAAUCCCUUAUUGCCACAUAUGAUGAGAAACAUCCCAUUGUUCCCACUGAGCCUGAAUCCACCACUUCAGUCGACCACACCAGACAAUCCACCGAGCCUUACAGAGACCCGACUGAGCAGUCCACCCCAAGUUCCUCUGAGUAUGUAAGCCAGUCAACACUGUCCCCCACGUCGUCCCUGAACACUUUUGACCAUAGCCCCCACUCCAUCCCAGAGUGGGCGCUUUCCCCCGACCCGGUUGCCACCCUUCUCCCAGAGGUAAAUUUUGUGGACUAUGACAAAGAGAUUGCCCCCAGUCUGGUGGAGUCGCGUCCUCCGAUCCCGGUAGAGACUGAGACUGCCAUGGAGCAACUUCAGAACAGCACUGACUCUGCAUACUCUGUACAGGUCAGUGUGGAUGUCACAGAUCCCCUUCCGUGCUCAAUCAAUGUGUGUCACAAUGGAGGCUCCUGUUACAAGAGGGGAGCACAAAACAUCUGUGUGUGUGCACCUGGAUACACUGGGCAGCUCUGUGAAACCGACGUCGAUGAGUGCCAGUCCAACCCGUGUCUGAACGGAGCCACCUGUCUGGAUGGAUUCAACUCCUUCACCUGCCUAUGUCUGCCCAGCUACACAGGAGAGCUCUGUGAACAAGACACUGAGCUGUGUGGAUCGGAUUGGCAGAAGUUUCAGUCUCAUUGCUACAAGUACUUCACCCACCGUCGCACCUGGGACGCUGCUGAGAGGGAGUGCAGGCUGCACGGCGCCCACCUGACCAGCAUCCUGUCACCGGAGGAACAACUGUUUGUCAAUCGUCUGGGUAGCGAUUAUCAGUGGAUUGGUCUGAACGACAAGAUGUUUGAGAGGGACUUCCGAUGGACUGAUGGACGACCAAUGCAAUACGACCACUGGAGGCCCAACCAGCCGGACAGCUUCUUCCAGUCAGGAGAGGACUGUGUGGUGAUGAUCUGGCAUGAAGGAGGACAGUGGAACGACGUGCCCUGCAACUAUCACCUGACCUUCACCUGCAAAAAGGGAACAGUGUCAUGUGGGCAGCCACCUGUGGUGAAGGAUGCACGAGUAUCUGGGGCCAUGAAGCCGCGUUAUGAGAUCAACUCCCUGCUCCGCUAUCAUUGUAAAGAAGGCUUCAUCCAGAGACACACGCCCACUAUACGCUGCCGUGACAACGGCCAAUGGGACACUCCCAAAGUCACCUGCACGAGUCCUGCAACGUACCACAAGUCGUUUACACUGCCGCCGCCGCCGCCGCACCACAACAAGAUCAGCGAGCAGCACGUCGGCCACAGCCAGAGCCACAUUCAUCACAGCAAGAGUCAUCAGGAACACAGGGAAAAGCAAGAGCAGCAGCAGAGUUCUAACAUCCUGCAGAGGCUCUGGAACUCUUUCCAGAACUGAGUCCGGCAGCUGCCGAGGGUGAAGAAGAGGGAAGUGCAGGUCCAAACACACAACAAGGAUUAGAUGGAACACUGAUUCACUCUGUGGUUGGCCAUGUCGCUGCAGAGCCAUCGAUAGACAAAGGGAUGCACAGAACUGUCUAUCGAUGGCUCUUAAAAGGACAAGGGAGGACAAAGUUUCACCAUUCCAUUAUCCACAGUCUAAGGUCUGGUCUGUAAGGGUGCGUUCACACUGAGUGCGAUGCAGUUUUGUUUUUUGUUUUUUUUGCAAAGUGGGAAUUUAUCCCCACAAAAAUGCUUUGCUUCGUUCUUUGUUGAAAUAUUUGAAAAUCUGGUGAAAAUAUAUUCACCUGAAGUCCGUAAGCAUGUACGUCCUUCCCAUAACGUCUGUAUCACUUGAUUCGAGCUGUUCGUCGACCACAAUGACUGACAUGCUGGGUGUGAACGCACCGUAACCCUCGUGAGAACCACCUUUAUUUUAGAUUGUGUCAAAUAUCCCUGCAAUGCUGGUGCUGCGGUCGACGAGUGUUGUUUUUCUCUCCUGACCACACAGAGAAUCCUUGUGUGAAAUCUUACUCUAAAGGUGUUUUUCUUCUUUGUGAACCAACAAAGUUAUGUUUACAUACACUGUUUCUUACCCAUAAUGCUUGAGUAGACUUGUGGUCAUAUGUUUAUGCUCCUCUGUAUCUUGCUCCUUCAGCUGUACUUGAGGCUAAGUUGCAUUGUGGAUAAUGUAUAGAAGUCGUUGAGAUGGAGAUGAACCAGUGCUUUAACACCCCCAAGACACUGAAAUUGCACAAAACACCCUUUAACCACGAGCCUUAAUGAAUUAUGUUCAUAAAAUGUCUGACACAACUUCCUGAGGAUUCACCUUAAGUCAAUGUGUCUGGGCCCGGAUGACCUGAGAUGCCCAACACCUGAGCCAGGAGCUUCCCCAGGGGAACCAGUUAUGAAAAAGGGUUUGGACAACAAUAGCUUGGGUUCCGUCCGACACCCACGACAAAAUAAGAUGAUAAAUAGCUCGUCUUUCAUCCUAUGUAAAUAGUUUGUAUUUAUAUAGUGAUUUUGAAGUCUUUUCUAGACCCCUUUAAAACUGCUUUGCCAUUCACCCGUUCACUCCCACAUUCACUCACACAUACAGCAUCAUCCCCAUUGACACACUGCUGGCACAAUUGUCGGGAGCAACAUGUGGCGCAGUGUUUUGCCCGUCGGCAUACAGACUAGUGGAGCUGGAAAUUGAACCCACAACCUUCCCGUUGAAAGAUGACUCACUCUUCCACUGAACCACUGUUGCUAAUCCUUGCUUCAUGCGCUGUGGUUCACACGUGUAUAUUUGUACUUAUUUCAAAGUAAAAACUGUGGAUUUGUAGGGCAACAGGCAUGUGUCUGUCCUGAGUAGAUCCUAUUUUAUUUAAAAGAUGCAGCAGUGGCAUGACACAGGACAUUUUCCCUCAAUCACAGUUAUUUUGUGCUAUAAAUCAAGUUGUCUUUGUUACCAUCCUGUGGCAAUGAGAAAACCAUGUUGAAAGCAAGACAUAGACAAUAACAUGGAAGAUGUUUUAUCUGGAUAUCACUCAGUGCAGUCAGUUUUAAAAACAAGUUCAAGUACAGUCCAGCUUUAAAUCAGUCACUUUCUUUACUCGAGGCCUUUGUUAUGACGUAUUUGAAGGACCAGAAGAUCCAUGACCUCAUACUGAAAAGUCCUCGCACUUAGUUAAGCACACAGAUUUACUUGUUUAUUGCCAUUUUAGGAAAAUAUAGGGCAGAGACAGGAGCAGUCCCACAGCAGGCAGGCCCCCAGUGAGAACAACAGUCAUGUGUGGGAGAUUAUCCCGUUUCCCUCUUUCUUUUCUUUGUUUUUAUGUUGCCACAUUACCAUGACUAGCAAAUGGCUAUCAGCUUGAAAGUAUCAUUGGAUGCUCACAUAAGAGACACUCCCCUUUUUUUUUAAAAAAACAUUGCUCCAUACCACCACUAGUACAGUGACGACCCCGCCCAUGUAGAGGAGGUGCUAUAGUAAUGGAAAAUGACGUGUCCGACAAACUGUAUCAUAGAAAAGUGCCAAAAGUAAAUGGAAGAGGUUUAUUAAGGUUACAAAAGUCAAACAUAUUUGUAUUUUUAUUUCAAAGUGAUUGUACACAAACAUACAUAGAUAUAGUAUUAUUUAAUUUCUGUCAAUAAACUCUCCUAAAUGUUACAAUAAACCCUCCUAAAUGUUACACACUGGACCUUUAACAAAAUCAUAAACCUCCAUGUGCUUUUUUGUCACAACUUGUGAACUAUUUACGGGCCCAUUUGAAGGCACAAUUAAGAUAGAAUAUAAUAUAAUAUAAUACAAUAUUAUUGUUGUUAUGUGUUGUCAUCAUCCCAGAAAAUCACACACCAACACCAAAUGUACAAUUUUAAGGUGGUGUUAGCUUAGCACCAUGCUACUUUCUGCUGCACAUCUGGAAACAUUACCCACAUUACCCACAUUACAGUCUAAUAAUAUAGUUAUGAUAAAUGAGCCUGAUGUAUUUUAUUUUAUGUGUUUUUUUCUAUCCUUUUUAUAUAUUGUUUGUCAUAUAUCUUUGUUUCUUCUACUUCUACUCUGUGAAGUUAAUUUACAGUGUCUGUGGAGCAAAACAUGUUUAUGUAGUCAUUUUUUUCCUUUCAUAUUCAAGUUACUGUAAACAUGUCCAUCAUCCUGCUUUCAUUGUCAAUUGUGUGUGCAAUAAUAUCAACUCAUAACACUUCA